UUACUGAACGUACCUGUUCGCCAUUGGCACUGACAGCGUCACACAGCAUCUUCAGUUAUUGACAGACAUAUACAAAUCAAAAUAAAGGGACAUAACCCUUUCAUAAACAACAAAAAUUGAAAUGACUAUAAAAUAAGGUUUGUUCUAAUAAUAUGGACAACGACUUCAAAAUACAGUCCAGAGAUUUUCCCAAUAUAUGUAGAGUUUGCCUCAUCACUGGUGACUUGAAGCCUCUGAUCGAAGGAAGCCUUUCUGAGAUAUUUAAGGCCGUCAGUGAAAUUGAGAUUUCCACUGAAGAUAUAUUACCUAAAAACGUAUGCAUAACAUGUUCGAAUUAUCUUCAAGAAAUAAAAAGAUUUGGCGAAAAAUGCAAAGCAAAUGACGUUCUUUUACGACUAGUUGUUAAAACAGAAGAAAAAGAAUGUAAGCUGAAUAUAUUAGAUAACGAUCUAAAGGAACUAGAGUAUGGAUUAGACUUUGAUGACGGUAGUGCCGACAAUGAUAUUGAUGAUUAUGAAAAUGAUAGUAAUUAUGAACCAGAUCGAGUUAGUCCAAAAAUUAAAGACGAAGAGGAAGAACCCUUAAAGAAAAGAAGAGGGCGAAGAAAAAAACGCUCUUCAGAAUUCAGAAGGUCCUCCAAAGGCAAUACGAGAAAAAGACGGAAACUCAGAAAAUCCUCAGGCGAUGAAUCUGAGGAGGAAGAUGAUAAAACAAACAGUGUCAUUCCAGCCUGUAAAGCUUGUGGGGGGACAUUUACAAGCAAGACAAAAUUGUGUUCACAUUACAAAGAAAAUCUCAAUUGUAGGCCGAAGACUUUUAAACUAUUUAAGUGUGAAAUUUGUGAAAAAGAGUUCUCGACAAUUCGUAGACGUAAUGAACAUAUGAACAUUCAUACUGGUGAAACUCCAUAUAUUUGUAACUAUUGUGGAAAAGGCUUUCAGUUGUAUCCUGCUCAUUUCAAGCAUGUAUACCGUCAUAGAUUGGCGUUGGGAGAAGUUGAACUUAAGCCUGGAUACAUGGAAAAUAGAGUUAGGCUUAAUUUAAAAUGCGAACUGUGUCCAAAAGUAUUUGCUAGCCGAUCUGGAUUUGCAAAUCAUCAACUAAUUCACCAGGGCGUCAAAAUUCAGUACAAAAAGCGACCUAAGAAGGAAGAUACUCUGAAAUUGAAAAACUAUCUUUGCAACUAUUGUGCAAAAAGUUUUAGGACUAAAGUUCAACUGGAAGGUCACAUAAGAGGCCAUACAGGGGAACGUCCAUUUGCUUGCUCUUUCUGUCACAAGUUUUUCAAGACAAAAGCAGCUCUAAAGACACAUGAAAUGAAUCAUUUGGGAACAACACCACAACGAUUUAAGUGUGAGACAUGCAAUAAGCCAUUUUCGCUUAAAGCUCACUAUGAAGUGCACAAAAGAACACAUACAGGAGAGAAGCCUUUUUCGUGUCACUUUUGUGGAAAAUGUUUCAACUAUCGAGGAACUUGGCGGAUCCAUCUUAGGAUGCAUACUGGAGAAACUCCAUAUUCGUGUCCAGUGUGUGGUAAUCGCUACCAUGAUAAGAGUAGUCUAAAUAAGCAUCAGAAAAAGAAAGGUCACCUAGGAGUCGCUGUCAAACAGGAAAAGCUUCUUCUGUAACCCUGAUGUGUGUUUAUUUAAUAUUUAUGAUCUCAACUGUCGAAUUAAUUCUAGAAAACUUUGGUCGAACGAUUGUUGGUGAGUAGCAAUAGUUUAUUUCUAGGUAUUUGAACAUACUAGUUUUUAGAAUGCAGCGCACCUGUCAUGACAGAAUACCUGUCAAAAAAUUAUCGACGAAUUUAUGAAUGCUCAAUCUUAAUAUUAUUUGGAUACAUUAAAAUAUGCCAAGAGUGUUACAAGAUUAAUGAGGAUUUGGUCAACGGUUAACGAGAAAACUCUUGUUCGUUGUAACAACGUCUUAUCUAUAUUUUAACCACCAUCUAUGCUUUAGAAGAGCAGAGUCUUUGGAUAUUGGUGUGCUUUAAUCGUUUCAAAUGGCAAUUGACAGAAAAGAGAAUGAAUUGAGAACGACAAAAAUACGCUACAAACCUUCUCCACCAUUCCGGAAACGCUCUAUAUAUAGGGUGAUUCACGUAAAUCGUGCAUUUCCAAUUUUCUAAAUGUCUAAAUAACGAGUAGUGCCGAAACCAUGUAAAAUAUAUUUACCCCUCCAGUUAUUAUGCAGGGUGUAUGAGAAGUAUAACCUAACUUUCUUAUUUUAAAUGCAAUCCGCUAAUUCAUUUAGCAUUCGUUGGAUUGGCUUUCCAAUUGCAGAUGGGCAACCUCAGUUUUGUUAAUUUAUCUCUUAUAGUUUUUGAUAUGCAAGUUGGAAAACUUCUAAUGCACGGUCUACGUAAAUCACUCUGUAUACCAGUACUGAGGUCACACACAAACACCAACAUCUAAGUUUUAAUUUUUAAUGAAAGUUGCAGUCAAAAAAUGAACGCUACUCUUACAUCAUCUUUGAUAGAGUAAUUCACUUUUUUAUUGUAUCAUUAAUUGAAUUUUUAGAUUUGUGUCUUUUUAGACUUAUUUAGAUUUGUAAUAAAUGGCUAGACUGUACAUACUAUACUGAA